AUGGCCACCGAGCAUUGGGAGGAGGACAUGAAGGUGACCGCUAAGGACCUUCGCAAUGGCCUUGCUGCCGCCGUCCAAGGCAUACAGUGGAACUACGCCAUCUUCUGGUCUGCUUCAGCCAGCCAGCCAGGGUACCAAGAAACCAUCACCUCUCCUGUUUUUCCUUCAUAAAUCUCCCUCGGCAGAUGCGGGUUAUCGCCGGAAUUACGGCAUUGAUCCGUAUCUUCCGGAUCAGCUGCCCUCUUUUUUUCGGUCAUGAAUCUAUGCUUCGCUCGUACUCAAGAAGUUUAAGUUGGGAGAUCUCCCGAUCCGAGGAUCUCCCAGACGAUUUGGACCAUUCUUAGUGGGAUAUUGCUCUCCAGCACGGACUAAUCUCCUUCCAAGUUCAUGGAACUCAGUCCGCCUUCUUCCAACACUUACGGAGAGAUAUAUGCUUGAUACGGACAGACAUUCGCUUCGACUGAUGAGCCCUCGGUGUGGAAAUGAGGUCCAACACUUACGGAGAGACUACUUUCUUCCCUCUUUUGUAGAUUGUUGGAGUGGGGCGACGCGUACUACAAUGGAGAUAUAAAGACGAGGAAGAUGACCCAGUCUCUGGAGUUGGAAGACGAUCGGAUGGGUCUAAAGAGAAGCGAGCAACUGAGGCAACUUUACAUUUCUCUUUCGGCCGGUGACAGCGAUCAGCAGGCUAGACGACCCUCUGCCUUACUUUCACCUGAGGACCUCUCAGACUCCGAAUGGUUCUACCUACUCUGCAUGUCCUUUACCUUCCACUCUGGACAUGGGUAUCUUUCUCUCUCGCUCUCUCUCUCUCUCUCUCUGACUCAUUUUCUCACAUUUCGUUUCUUGCUCUACGCCUAACGCGGUUUUUCAGCUUGGUUGGAAGAACAUUGGCAACGGGAAGCCAUAUCUGGCUCACUGAUGCUCACUCCGCAGAAAGUAAAAUCUUCACACGCUCUCUUCUGGCAAAGGUCUGAUCCCUGCUCAAUCUCCUGCCCUAAGAUUUUUCAUCCUCUUUCUUUUUGGGCUCGUGCUAAGCUGAUUCAGUCGUAACUUUUGAUUCUUCUGUCUUGCUGAUGAUGGACGGGCUUCCUCAUCUCUCAGAGCGCAUCCAUCCAUGUACGUUUUGCUGCUUCCUCCCCGCUGAUUUAAAAAUGCUUCCGUUCUUUCAGUCCUGCGCAGAUAUCAACUCUGUUUCUUCGCUGUGUUUGCAGACUGUCUUCUGCUUUCCCUUCCUGAAUGGUGUUCUCGAACUUGGCACGGCCGAAUCUGUAAGUUCAGACUGUUCUUGAACAUGAAUGGAGGAGCCCGCUGCCUGCAGCAGAUAAUCACUUUCCCUUCGAUCACCAGGUCAUGGAGGAUCCCGAUCUCAUACGGCAGGUCACAACCCAUUUCUGGGAUUGUCAGAAGGCGGCCUCCGCCGAAGAAACUCCGUCCGGCGACCCCAUUUCUGGGGAAGGCGUUGACCGAGUGGUCCACGACUGCGAUCUCGACAUGCUAGACCCCUUGCCGGCGGGGGAGAUGCUUCAACUUGCUGGCCCUCGGAGCCAAUCGGAGAAUGGAUUUCAGCCUCUCUCAUCCAUCAAAGUCUUCGAGCUUAACGGAGAUGGGGACGAUGGGCUCCAAGCUGAUUCCAGCGAGGAACUGGAGACAUUUUCUCCUGAUCACUGUGUAGAUAUUCACACGGAUGAAUCGGCGAUGAUGGACGGACCGGAAGGGAUGUCACAGACUCAUAGCUGGCAGUUUCUGGAUGAUGAACCGGCUAACGACUGCAAGUGCCCAUCAUCGUCAGAUCUUCAGCCAGUCCCCUGUCCGAAACAAGAAACAAGAGACUAUGUGAAUGAUCCCAAAGCAUGUCGGAAGCUUGACUUCUCAUUUGAUGCUGGGGCCGACAGUCUACACUAUAAGAGGACUCUUUCAGCUAUUUUCGGAAGCUCUGCCCGACCAAGAGCGAAGCUGUUCUUCCCAAAUGGAUCUUGCUCAUCGAGCUUUGUGGCCUGGAGAAAAGGAACAAACAUCGUCCUGGGCACCCGAACCGGUGCACAUAAGCAGAAGCUUUUGAAGAAGAUUCUGUUCAAUCGUCUCGAGAUGCGUGGUGGGCGUUCGAGUCCUCCACAAAAAGACGGAAGGAAAGGCGCGAUGGAGAAACCGGAGGGCGACGAAUUCUGCUCGAGCCCCCUUUCGUCUGAGAGGAGGCAAGAGAAGAUGAACAAGAAUUUCCUGAUCCUCAAAUCUCUCUUGCCUUCCAUAAACAAGGUACACCACUCGCGAUCCACCCAAGCUUCGAUCUACCCAGUAACAAGAUGCGGGAGGAGAAUGAUUUUCUACAAUAAAGCACACUUUUUUCUUGAUGGGACGCCAUUUUUGACUUGUGGGCUUGUUCUUUUUUUUUUUUAACCAUGUUCUCACGCAGAUCGACAAGACCUCUAUUCUGGGAGAUACGAUCGAGUAUCUCAAGGAGCUCGAGAAGAGGGUGGAAUUCCUGGAGUCACACAUGGAUCCAAAGGAUCUGGAGGUGAAAGAACUGAGCAAGCAUCCGGAUAUCACAGAGAGAACAUCAGACAACUACGGAAGGGAUGGAGUUGACUCCGACGGCAAGAAGUCUUCCGUCUGUAAGAGGAAGGCGAGCGACUCCGACGAACAGGGCUUUGAAAGCCACUGGGUCCUGUCGAAAAACGGGGACGCCGACGUCAACGUGACCGUGGUCGGGAAAGAAGUCAUGAUCCAGGUGACAUGCCCAUGGCGGGACUGCCUCCUUCUGGAGGUUGUGGAUGCGGUAAGCGGCCUCCAUCUGGACGCCCACUCGGUGCAAUCAUCCACAGUUGACGGAAAUCUCAGAAUGACCAUAAAAUCAAAGGUUUGUGCGACUUCAGAUUGCUUUCUUCCAUUCAUCUAUGCCCACCCAUGAAUCUUAACUCCCUGAAACAGAUGACCAUCUUGCUGCAUAUUUGGCUGCAGUUUAGGGGGAUCAUGGUGGCGUCACCAGGGAUGAUCAAGGGUAUGAUUCACAGAGUCGUCAGCAAGUGUUGA